GUACGUGAAGGCAACAGUAGCCCUAGCAACCGUUGCGGGGGUUCAGUGUACCAUAGCAACCAUGGAGGAUGAGCUGUCGAUGGAAGAAAAAGGGAGAGAAGUGACGCAGGAGCAGAAAGAAAUCCUCCACAAGCGAGUCAGAGAGCUAAAAUGUUCCACUGCAGCCGUCCUGGCAGAGAACGACAUGUUGGAGCGGUUUAUCGGCCGCUUGGAUCCUCAGGACCUUGUGUCGCAGGCUGGGGCAGAUGGGGCAUCAGGAGCCUCCCAGCUGGAGGUCGGGGGUCGUGGAAGGAGGCGGAGGUCCCAGUCCAACCUGUCGGAUCGCCUUCAUCAGCUGACCUUGGAACAAAAGCUGAAUGUGGUACAGAGAGAAGUAACAGAGACACGACAAGACCGGGAGAAGCUCAAACAGAGAUACGAGAGAAUUCAGGAUAACUACAAGGCCUCCCUAAAAGAGGCAGAAUUGCGUCUUGCAGAAAUCAGGAAGGCCAAGAAGGAGUUUGAACGCAGACUGAUCAAACCUAUGAUGGACAACAGGUUGGGAAUGAAGGAGCCUGAGAAGGUGCUCCAGUACACUGAAGAUAAGUCAAAGGCCACCCAGCUGGAGAAGUACAAUCUGAAGAACCAGGCACUGAAGGUCCACGAGAAGAAGCUCCAGCAGCAGCUUCAACAGAAAAAAGAGACGGGAAAAGCAGAAUAUGAGGAAAUUUUCCAGGAAUACAGCAAGGAGAGAACUGAUCAAAACCUGGAGGAAAUUCAAGUCAGAAAUCUGAAAGUGCAACACGUCCUCAGUUCACACAAGGAGAAGCUGCGGAGAGUGACAUCAGAGUCCACAGAGCUGAGCAAUGACAUCAGCAACAGAAAGCAGAUGCUGACAAAAAUUGAGGAGGAGAUACAGCAUGCUGAGGAGGAGCGUAUAAAGGCAGAGGCUCUCAACAAACACCUGCGCCGCCAGAUGACAGAUUAUCAGGCUCCUGAUAUCGUUGAGUACAUGCAUGUGAAGGACAAACACAAGAAGCUGCAGCAGAGCAUUCACACUUGGGAGAGAAAAGUUGGAAUUGCUCAGAUGGCCUUGAAGACCCACGCUAAAGCCUGGAGUACACAGGGACCCACUCUUACUCCCGCAUACAUUGCUGAGGCAAGAGAUAGAUCUGGGGGACACCAAAUCCCAGUAAAGCUCCCAUACAUAGAACACAACAUAGAGAAAACAUCAGAAAAAGCCUGCUGGAUUCUUCGACACUAAGGCGUGGUGCAAAGAACACGUUGAGAAAUGUAGGAAAGAAAGAUUUAAGCUUGAAUCUUCAUCAUGUCUUCUGGGUUUUUUUUUAACUCAUACUCACUGUGUCCUUGGAAGAAUUUUACCAUGUAUCAUUAUAAAGAA